UCAAAUAAAAUGAAUAGUGUUCUUUUAAUUGUUGUGAUAUAUUUGACGUAAAAAGAAAAUUAUAAAUUUGUGAGUGUAUGUAUAUAAACGUAUGGCGUUUCCAUGGAGACAACACAAAUUAACAUUAUGCCGACGUCAACAUCAUCGUCGACGACAAGUUUAUAUUUUCAAGGUCGUGGACGGCGAAAACAAGCGAAACCACGACGAAAACAAGUUGCGGUAGAUCUCGAAUGCAUAAACAAUGGUUUCGACGAUAUACCAACAAUAUCCCUUGAAGAUAGCGAACCUCCAGCAAAACUAGCAAAAUCAUCUUCACCAAUCACCUUAAAUAAUACAAUCAAAUGUGAUAACAUUAUAAAAAUGUCACCAAAAGACUGUUUAAAAUUUCCUUCUUCAACCAAUAAUCUUAAUCAUAAUAAUAAUAACAAUCAAAAUGGCCACAUACAAUCCAUAAAAUCAUCUUCAUUAUCACCAACAUCAACGACGUCUUCAACAAUCAUCACGACCAACAAUAACAACAAUUGUGUGAAAAAGACAAAUGGCUACCAUUAUGAUAAAUAUGAUAGUGUUAUAGUAAACAAUCAAAAUUCAUUAACAAAUAAAAUUAAUGAGCUACUAAAUAGUGAUAAUAUUGAUAAUUAUACGACAUCGACAUCUGAAACAGUGAUUAUAAAAAAUGAUGAAAUUGAUGAGGAUUUUGAUGAUGAUGAUGAUGAAAAUUGUAGUGUGCCUGAAAAUAAUAAUGUGCCUGAAGAUGGGAAUAUUGAAGAGUUGUUACAGAGAUCAGAUACUGCUGUUGUUUUUCCUGAAAAUGUUAUAUCGUCCAAAAAUAACAAUAAUGUUCCAUUAAUUCCAACCCCAAUUCCAUCAACAAUAAGUGUACCGGAAAAUGGGUCUCAAAUACAAGCGAAAAACUUGGAAAUUUUUCGUCUGGAUAACGGAAAAAGUCAUGGAUUCGUUGAGAAUGGACCAUUUGUAUGUUCUCAAUGUAGUUUAUCGUUUAAUUCACGCGACGAAUAUGAAAAACAUGAAUUACUCCAUCCACCCCAAUCGCAAGUGAGUUGUAAAAUUUGCAACAAAAGUUUUGCAAAUGUUUAUCGCCUACAACGACACAUGAUCAGCCAUGAUGAAAGCACAAUGCUUAGGAAAUUUAAGUGCGACCAAUGUGAAAAAGCUUUCAAGUUUAAACAUCAUUUAAAGGAACAUAUUCGAAUUCAUAGUGGAGAAAAGCCAUUUGGUUGUCAAAAUUGUGGUAAACGUUUUUCACAUUCUGGCUCAUUUUCCAGUCAUCAAAAACUUCUCAAGGCAUCAAAAAAAUGUUUAAGUGUGAAUGUUAAAUUGAAUGGAAGAAAUCGGAAUAACUCAACGUCGGUUAUUAAACCAGCACCUUCAACCGAUGCAGUUCCAUCAAUUCAGCCUCAUAAUAAUUUUUUACCAAUUCUUCCUAAAUAUCAUGAGGCAUCCAGUACAUACUUAUCAACAGUUUUACCAACACAAAGUAGUUUGCCAUUAAAUUUUAUACCGACAACCGAACAAUUGCGACAAUAUUUAACAAGUCAAACGUAUUUACCACAAAUUUCUUUGGCAGCAAUGAAAACAGAUUCACAUGAAGAUUCGUCGAAGAAAAGUUUAUCCUCAUCCGAAGAGAAUUUGGUAAUUGUUGAGGAUAAUUUUCCAAAUGGAAAUGUAACACCUAAAAAACAAUAUUAUCAAGAUUCACCAAUGUAUGAACUGGAAAAAAAUGAGGAUUCAGAAAAUGAACAGAUGAACACGUCUGAAGAAAAAAGUGAAGGUCUUGCUGCUAAACUAGAAGAAACAGUUAAAGUUGAAGAUGCCUCCAUACAUAGUGGAAAUUGUAGUAUUAAUGAAGAUGAAAUUGACGGUUCCAGCGCUACAGAUGAUUCUCGAAAAGUUCGAGUACGGUCGUUAUUCACCGAUGAACAAAUGGAUUUAUUAAAAAGUUUUUAUAAUAUCAAUUCACGCCCAAAUAAAAAAAUGUUAACAGUCAUAAGCGAUAAAGUUGGUUUACCAGUACGAGUCGUGCGUGUUUGGUUCCAAAAUACGCGCGCGCGAGACCGUCGUGAACAUCGAUAUGUUAUGACAGCUUCCACUGGAUCAGUUUUUAACAUGAAUUCACCCAUGACUGAACUAUCUGUGUCGCCAUCUUUAUCACCAUGUUUAGCUACCUCUGAAGAACCAUUAGAUUUAUCGGUUAAAAAAGAAAGUAGACGAUAUCCAUCGAUAUCUUCGCCAUCGGGAUCUUUCGAUGAUUCCUUCAACUUCAAAAAAUCUGCAUUAAGUCCUGGCUCAUACGCUCAUUCUUACACAACAAAUACUUCUUUACCAUUCGAUUCACCGAAACAAUUUCCUAUCGUACAAAAUGAAAGUCGACUAGCUCAAAUUUUAGCACAACCAUCAACAAACAGCCCAAAUUCCUCAAUACACCAGGGAAAUGGUUUGAAAUUUUUUAACAAUUCGAUGUGGCAAAUGGUGGAAAAAAGUUUUGAACGAAAAUCAAAAUCAGAACGUAUUUCAGACCGUGUUACUGAUACUUCAAAUGGUGGCGAUAUUAAUAAGUCUGCUCCUGAGCAAUUCAUAUGCGAUCAAUGCGAUAAAGCGUUUUCAAAACAAAGUUCGUUAGCACGCCAUAAAUAUGAACAUUCGGGUCAAAGACCCCAUAAAUGUGACUUAUGCACAAGAGCUUUUAAACAUAAGCAUCAUUUAACCGAACACAAGAGAUUACAUAGCGGAGAAAAACCAUUUCAAUGUCGAAAAUGUUUGAAGAGGUUUUCACAUUCAGGAUCAUACAGUCAACAUAUGAAUCAUCGUUUCUCGUAUUGUAAACCGUAUAGGGAAUAAUAUUAAUUUUGCCAAAUUUUUAAUAAAAAAAACCUACUUAAUUCAUAAUUGGAUCU